GGGAAGAGAAAGAGGAGAGGAGGGUAUAGACGAGUACCGCACAGGACUGCGUGAAGGCGCACACGGAGGUUUGAAUGUUACCUCCUUGACAUAGCGGUGGGAGGUGGUGGUGGACGGUGUCUAGGAGGGAUACAGUGAGACCGGAGCAGCAGACCGGGAUCUCGGUCUGCUGCUGUGACCCCAGACAACAUCAGCAUGGAGCUGGAGAACAUCGUAGCCAACACGGUGUUGCUGAAAGCACGGGAAGGAGGUGGCGGAAACAGAAAAGGAAAAAGCAAGAAAUGGAAGCAGAUGCUGCGGUUCCCCCACAUCAGUCUGUGUGAAGAGCUGCGACAGACCAUUGAGAAGGACUACAGCAGCCUCUGUGAGCGACAGCCUGUCGGACGGUUACUGUUCAGACAGUUCUGUGAGACUCGACCCGAGCUGCGACGCUGUGUCAAGUUCCUGGAUGCUGUGGCAGAGUACGAGGUGACUCCAGAUGAGAAGAGGAAGGAGUGUGGCCAGGAACUCAUUGACAAAUACUUCAACCCAAAGUCAGAGGACCAUGUGCCUGAGGUGGAAGAGGCCAUGAUGGCUCAGUGCACCGAGGCCCUGCAGCAGGAGGCCUGCAAAGAGCUCUUCAAGGACUGUACCAAAUUGAUCCACGACUACCUGAGCAUGGCGCCCUUCGCAGACUACCUCGACAGCAUGCACUAUAACAGGUUCCUGCAGUGGAAAUGGCUGGAGAGGCAACCGGUGACGAAAAAUACAUUCCGACAGUACAGAGUUUUAGGGAAAGGAGGUUUUGGUGAGGUGUGCGCAUGUCAGGUACGAGCCACAGGGAAGAUGUAUGCCUGCAAGAAGUUGGAGAAAAAGAGGAUAAAGAAGAGGAAAGGAGAGUCCAUGGCACUCAAUGAGAAGCAAAUCCUAGAGAAAGUCAACAGCAGAUUUGUAGUGAGUUUAGCAUACGCCUACGAGACAAAGGACGCUCUGUGUCUUGUGUUGACCCUCAUGAACGGAGGAGACCUGAAGUUUCACAUCUACCACAUGGGCGAGGCAGGUUUUGACGAGACGAGAGCUCUUUUCUACUCAGCAGAGAUCUGCUGCGGCCUGGAGGACCUGCACAGAGAACGCAUCGUCUACAGGGACCUCAAACCAGAGAACAUCCUGCUGGAUGAUCAUGGCCACAUCAGGAUAUCAGAUCUGGGUCUAGCAGUUCAUGUGCCAGAGGGACAGACCAUCAAGGGACGGGUGGGAACGGUAGGAUACAUGGCUCCAGAGGUGGUGAAAAAUGAGCGCUACACCUUCAGCCCUGACUGGUGGACGCUGGGCUGCCUGUUGUACGAGAUGAUCGAAGGCCAGUCUCCUUUCCAGCAGAGGAAGAAGAAGAUCAAGAGGGAGGAGGUGGAGCGGCUUGUGACGCAGGUGGAAGAGGAAUAUUCCAGCAAGUUCUCAGAGGACGCAAAGUCUCUUUGCAAAAUGCUGCUGGCCAAGGAUCCUGCAGAGAGGCUGGGCUGCCAGGGGGCUGGAGCCUCCGAGGUCAAAGCCCAUCCCAUCUUUCGAUCCAUUAACUUUAAACGCCUGGAGGCCGGGAUGCUGCAGGCGCCCUUCAUCCCCGAUCCACAGGCCAUCUACUGUAAAGAUGUGCUGGACAUCGAGCAGUUCUCCACAGUGAAAGGUGUGGAGCUGGAGCCCAAAGACGAGUCUUUCUACGGCAAAGUGUCCACGGGCAGCGUUCCUAUUCCCUGGCAGAAUGAGAUGAUCGAGACCGAGUGUUUCACAGAGCUGAAUGUUUUCUACCAGGAUGGGACAGUUCCUCCUGACCUGGACUGGAGAGGACAGCCAUCGCCUCCACCCAAACAGGGACUGCUGCAGCGGCUGUUCGGCAAACAGGACUGCUGUGGUAACUGCAGUGACAGCGACGAGGAGCCUACCAGGCUGUGACACACACAUACACGCACACACACACACACACGGAAUCUCAUUUGUUUACAACUUUUGCACAUUUGUAUUUUUAAGAUAGUUCUAUCUCUCAGUGUCUGUAUAUUUUCACCAUAGUCUUGUUUACUGUUAUUUAAAGAGCUGUUGACGUGUUCCCAACCAAGAGACGUAGAUGUCUGUUUGUUGUUUGUUUGUUUUUUUGUUGGUGCGCAGAAGGCUUUGCUUACACAUUCCAUUGUUAUUGAACUGGGAACUGUAGCUGGCCGCUGAGCAGCUCCGCCGGAACAAAGUGCCUUGCUCCAGGGCACUGUGAUGGUGGUCACUACGGGAGGACUGAGCAUUCCUCAACCUCUGUCCAGGGAAUCAAACCAGUGACUUUUAGCCCACGAACUGUGACCACUUUGCUCCUUCUGCCCUCCAUUCUGCUGUGAACAACCUGCUGCUUUUUAGCUCUAUUUUUAUUCUAUUUAAUUCCAUUGUUUGUUUGCUUGGACAUUCUAAUUUUGAAAUAGAGAUGUCUGAGCCAUGACGUCUACAUCUGCAGAUAUUUUUAUAACUAUUAUUUUUUCUUAUGAUUUAUGGAGACAAUCGACUCAUGUCAGAGCAGCUUCAGUUACUCUUGUCAGUUCAUGGAUGAGGCUAAACAUCAUGUUGUGUGGUCACAUUUUACAGAUGCUUUGAGAGUUAAAUGAAUCACUUUCACACUCCCCUUCCAAGCUGCUUGUAGGAACAUGCUUGUGUCUUUUAGUCCUUCAUUUUAUGGACUGAAGUAAGUUUUUUGGGGGGGGGACUGGCCACCUUUUUGGUCUACAGUUAACAACUUACUAUUAUGUUAAUAUUGCAGUGUUGGACUGGGGUCAAAAAAAGUGCCUUUACCUCUCUUCAUGACAACACAGACACAGGGUGUACACAGAACGCGUCAACAAAUUAUACAGUAGGGGUGUAAUGUAGACAAAAACCACAGCACUUACCUCGGUUGUGAAGUCAUGGUCCAGUUCAUUUUCAGUACAGUCAGGGAAACGAUACAUAUCAUAUAAUUGCUUGUACAUUAUUACAAAGUUUUGUAAACAACAGUUUAUAAUUUUUUUAAUUAAAUUUUAAAUGAAGCAUCAAAAUAAAAUAGAAUACUGUUGCAAACUACUACUACUAAGUGCUCCACUAGCCAGGGAAAGGCUGUUUAAAUGUUGAAGGAAGCAGCAUUUAUACUGUUUCAAACUGGUUAUCAUGUUGGACAUGUUGCUAAAAACACACCUGAACACCACUGAACAAACAUUAACUGGAGGACCAACAUGCAGUGAACAAGUAAGACGCCUUAUCCACCUGUCUUUGUCCGACGCUGUAUUUCCCCAAGAAGCCGAAGUGUUCCCAAACAGGAGACCUUAAAUAUACAGUAUGAAACUUUUUUCAAGAAGACAUCUGUAGAAAUCUGCUCUAGAACGUGUCCUAAUGUGGAGAGGUGCUGUCAACGCCUCCUGUCACCCAGAUUCAUUGAACAGCACUGGCCAUGUGUUAACUACUAUUAAAGACUGCAUUCAGUCCACAUCUGCACUGUACCAGAAGUCCUGUACCGAAACAACUGUCUGAAUACGUGUACCUUUACACCCCUAUUUUACAGCACACACCAUGUAAACUAAUGAAAUACAAACAACACUUAGCAUAACCAUCAAACAAAAGUCAUUUUGUUUUUACCAUUGGUACAAGCACCUUGCCUCCACAUUUGGAAUUGCAAUCGUUCAAUAUCUGAUCAAGACUACAAAUCUCAGUUUUCAGAAGCUUAACUUUACUUUUACUUGCUCCAGACACAAUAAUUCUCCGGCUGCACCCUGGGCCAGUCAUGCAACUCAACUCACACUGAAGUGACAGCAAGAGUAACUGAAGCUUUUGGAUCAGAUCCUGUGUGAAACAAAGACUGAAGCUGGUCUGUUCUUCCCUGCAGUGAAAUGCCUCAGCCGGUACUGUUGAAGUCACCUGUUUCCGCAAAGAAUAUGGCCUCUGAUUUCAAGCUAUUAAAUGAAAUACCUCUGAAUGUACAAAUGGCUGCCAUGCCAUUUGUGUACACGUUCAUCAGAGUGACAGGGGGACAAUAUUUUAAAGGGUCAGUUCACCCAAUUUAAAAAAAUGUUAUAGUAUCUAGCCACAGAGGUUCUUUUAUUUGUUCAGGUCUUAUGUGUUAUGUUACUCUCAUACCACAACUUUUAAUCUGCCUUUCUUCAUGGACAAACCUGUGACUUAAACUGUGUGCAUACACUAAAUGUAAGCACUGAGGUUCUGUCCAGUGAUAGCUCCAGUUCAGCUGAAACAAGGCUGGCUGCUUCCCCAGCAGUGUGGACAAAAAGAGGCAGCAUUAAUGUGUGCUGAUCUAUAAUGAACAGAAACAAGAAUCAGAAUCAGCCUUAUUGGGCAGGUGUGUUGGACACAAGGAAUUUGACUCUGGUACAGCGGC